AUGGCCCUACUACAUCCCCUCGUCCGCCAUACGCUAUCCUUGAAUAAUAGUAUGACCCUGGUCUCAAACGAUCCUAGUUGGUGGCCGAUCAUCAAUUCAAAUCGUGUUUCUAGCUAUUUUACGGUAGUUGCCAGUUCUGCUGGAGUGAUAUACGAUUUGGUGCUGACAUUGGGACAAGAGGUUGAGCUUGUCUGGACGCAACGCUGGUCCCUGAUGUCCAUUCUGUAUCUCAGCGUGCGAUACCUUGGCGUAGUGUACGCUACCAUCCAGAUUCUUGGCACACUACUUACAGACAGUGUUCCGACGAUCUCGGUCACAGAUGUAGUGAGUAGUCUGCAUCUAUGUUCAUUACUUCUAUACUAUCAACCAUACUCCGAUGUAGGGUUCAAUAUACUGACUAUCGCAGCUGUGAGCCACGUCAUUUAUAACGCGAUUAUUUGGAUGACUCUGGCCGUAAAUGUAAUGCUGUGUAUCAUUACGCUGACUCGGUUAUAUGCUAUGUACCAGCGAUCCAGAAAGAUGCUAAUAUUUCUUGUGGCCUCCCUCCUAACUGUUAACAUCUCCAACGGAGUGUUACUCACAAUUGGAAUGAUGCGUGCUUCAGCAGAGGAGCUCAUUCUCUUUGGCACCUAUCAGUGCACUAUUAGCUACGAGGGAGAUGUCCAAAUUUUAAAGUCCACACCUUGGAUACUCACCACUGCAUGGGAAGUUCUUGCGUUGUGCCUCGCAGGCUGGAUUGCUGUACGCCACUUCCGUGAUCUUUAUCGACAUUCAGCAGGAGGGAUUAUUGGCGAUUUUGUGACGGUGCUAAUGAAAACACACGUGGUUUAUUUUUCGAGCUUUGUUGUUGUUUCUUUCUUCUGGCUCGGUGAGGUUUCUCCGACGUUCACAACGGACCCGUUUUCCCUCAAAACUGAGAUUUACCGUGGAUUUCUUCAAAUUAUCCUGGUUGUGCAGUUGUUUGUGGUAGGACCGCGCCUGAUCCUUAGCGUUCGGCGUUAUCGCGCCGAGCUCAUGACCAGCUCCGAUGCAGGAACGGGCGUAGUUUCAAUUGCUUUCCAGGAGCGCAGGCAUGCGUCGACUAGCAGUCUAUAG